AUGGGCCAAAAGGAAUGCAGUCACUCUGCAGGACCGUGUACACAGAGUCAACAAGCUCAACGUGGCAGAGGAUCAGAGCUGAGAGUCAUUCUGGUGGGCAAAACAGGAACCGGCAAAAGUGCUACAGGGAACCUCAUCCUCGGGGAACAAGCAUUUGAGUCCAGGCUGAGCGCCCAGCCCUUGACGAAGACUUGCAGUAAAAGUCGGGGAAGCUGGGGAGACAGAGAGAUGGUUGUUAUUGACACACCAGAUAUGUUUUCUGGGAAGGACCCCUCUGAUUCCCUGUACAAAGAGGUACACAGGUGCUACUUACUCUCCGCGCCAGGACCCCAUGUGCUGCUCCUGGUGACACAGCUGGGCCGAUUCACCACGGAGGACCAGCAGGCUGUGCAGAGGGUGAAGGAGAUCUUUGGAGAGGAUGCCAUGAGACACACAAUUGUCCUCUUCACCCGCAAGGAAGACCUCAAGGGAGGCUCCCUGAUGGAUUACAUCCAUGGCUCAGAUAACAAAGCCCUACGCGAGCUGGUGGCUGCGUGUGGGGGGCGAGUGUGUGCCCUUAAUAACCGUGCUAAAGGGAGCGAUCGGGCUGACCAAGUGAAGGAGCUAAUGGACUUGACUGAGAGCCUAGUGACGGCCAAAAGGGGUGGCCACUACAGCAAUAGGCUGUACAGCCUCGUAACAGGGUCAGAAUGUGGAACUGUGCAGUCAGAGGAAAGACUACAGGAUUUCAGAGAGAGCUUUGUAAAGUACAUGGACAUUCAGAGACGUUCGACCAUCGUCAAAACCCUAAUCCUAAUAGUGAUGUGCAUUUCAUUGUGUGCUCGGGUGUUUGUCAAAUUGCAGACUCUGUUAUUUUGUGUAUUGCACGGAAUGUGCAAUUUCUUUUACCACUUACUGUUUAGCAUGUGCAAUUUAUUCUGUAGCUUACUGUUAAUUAUACCCCAAAAGUUAGUGGUAAUUUUUAGAAAUUAGACUGGAAUGCAAGACUCCUAUAUUAUAGUUACAAUCAGUGGUUCUUUAUCCACUGUCAUUUAGUGGGCAAAUCACACACUGGGCCUCCCCUGUAAAAUACAGUGCCUGAGAGCACUAAACGUUUGAG